GAAAAAAAAACAAUGGAAUGGAAUGCGCUCACCUGCAUCCAACUACCCCGAAUAAGAGCGAUGGCUAUCUUCUUCUUGGAUUUGAUGAUGACGGUGAUUUCAUUCCUUCUCCUCCUUAAAUUCAUUUCUCACAGACACAGAACGAACGGAUCAGUUCUUUCAUUCAACGGGUGGUUGAUAAUUGGAGAGGAGAAUGACGGUUUUUGCUGUAGAGGUGGAGAGUGGAAGGGAAGGGCAAGAUGGGCAGCCAUCGGUCGGUCCCGUCUACCGGAAUCCAUUGGCGAAGAAUGAGUUUCCACCGCCAGACCCUUGCAUGGCCACCUCAUGGGAUGUGUUCAGUGUUGCUGCAGAGAAGUAUCCUGGAAACAGGAUGCUUGGAUGGCGUGAAUUUGUUGAUGGGAAGGCAGGGCAUUAUUUGUGGAAAACAUACAAGGAAGUUUACGAGGAAGUUCUGCAUGUCGGUUCUGCCCUGCGAACAUUGGGUGCUGAACGUGGUUCCCGUAUUGGAAUUUAUGGAUCAAACUGCCCUCAAUGGGUUGUGGCUAUGGAGGCUUGCAAUGGCCACAGUCUAAUAUGUGUUCCUCUCUAUGAUACGCUCGGGCCAGGAGCUGUUGAUUUCAUAAUACAACAUGCUGAAAUUGAUUAUGUUUUUGUCCAGGAUAAGAAAGUGAAAGAACUCCUAAAUUCCAACUGCGUAUCUGCCGGACGCCUGAAAUUGAUCGUCUGCUUUACCUCCUUGACAAGGGAACAGAAAGAUGAUGCAGCCUCCCAUGGAACUAAAUCAUACACUUGGAAUGAGUUCCUGCAGAUGGGAAAAGAAAAUCCCACAGAACUUUCUCCGCCCCAGCCUUUUGACAUAUGUACGAUAAUGUACACAAGUGGUACCAGUGGAGAUCCAAAAGGUGUGGUUUUGACUCAUGAAAACCAUGCAAUGUAUGUAAGAGGAGUUGAUCUGUAUAUGGAACAAUUUGAAGACAAGAUGACAGUAGAUGAUGUCUUUCUCUCCUUUCUCCCACUCGCUCAUAUCCUCGACCGCAUGAUUGAGGAAUACUUCUUCCACAAGGGUGCUUCUGUUGGUUACUAUCAAGGGGAUAUUAAUGCUUUGAGAGAAGAUCUGAUGGAGUUGAAGCCCACAUUCUUUGCAGGUGUCCCUAGAGUAUUCGAAAGAGUGCAUGAAGGUAUACUGAAGGGACUAGAAGAUCUUAAUCCACGCAGGCGGAUGAUUUUUGACCUUCUCUACAAAUACAAACUAGCCUGGAUGAAGCUAGGGUAUAAACACAGAAGAGCAUCUCCCUUAGCGGACUUGUUAGCGUUUCGUAAGGUUAAGGCUAGGUUAGGUGGCCGGAUUCGUCUAAUGAUAUCUGGAGGUGCUCCCUUGAGCACUGAAGUAGAGGAAUUCAUGAGGGUUACUGGUUGUGCCUUUUUCAACCAAGGCUAUGGGUUGACAGAAACUUGUGGGUUGUCCACAAUCGCUUGCCCGGAUGAAAUGUGCAUGAUGGGAACUGUUGGUGCACCCUCUGUAUACUCCGAAGUACGCCUUGAGGAAGUUCCAGAGAUGGGAUACAGUCCAUUUGCAGAUCCUCCGCGUGGCGAGAUAUGCGUUAGAGGGAAGACUGUCUUUGCCGGAUACCACAAAAAUCCUGAGCUGACAAAAGAAGUCAUGAAAGAUGGGUGGUUCCAUACAGGGGAUAUAGGGGAAAUGAACUCUGAUGGAAUUCUAAAGAUCAUUGACAGAAAAAAGAAUAUUUUCAAACUUUCUCAAGGGGAGUACGUUGCAGCUGAACAUCUGGAGAAGAUAUAUGGUUUCACCUCCAUUGUAGAAGAUAUCUGGGUAUAUGGGGACAGCUUCCGUUCUUCCCUUGUUGCAGUGGUUGCACCACAUGAAGGCAACACCAAGAAGUGGGCAGAGUUAAAUGGUUACACGGGUUCCUUUUCCGAAUUAUGUGCGCUAGAACAGCUACGAAACUAUAUUAUCCUUGAGCUUAAGUUCACCGCCGAGAAAAACAAGCUGAGAGGUUUUGAGCACAUCAAAGGUAUUACAUUGGAACCGAAACCCUUUGACGUGGAGAGCAACUUGGUGACUCCUACCAUGAAGAAGAAAAGAGCCCAACUGCUGAAACACUAUCAGAUGGAGAUAGAUAAACUCUAUCGAAAUUUGCCGGGAGGGAAAAAAUGAGCUACUGAAUCUCUAUUCAACACUUUUAAUAUGCCUGUACUAUGAUGACUUUGUUUUCUUUCUUCCUUUCCUGUUUCCUACAGUGCUUUGAACAUGACAUUGAUGGAUGUUCCUGUCAUACUCAGAAUAUCAUAAUGUACCUAAAGAUACAGCGUGAAUAAAAUCAGGUAAAAUUUUAUUUGAA